AUGUUUCAGAAAAAAAAAAAAAAAACUUCUUGCGUAUUGAACGAUCUUGUUUCAGAUUCAUAAGUGAACAUCGCUCUGAAGUUUCUGAUAUCGUUUCUCGUCUACCGCGCUCAGAUUCCUCCGGUUCUUCCAUGGUUUGCUUGAUGUUGAUGACGAUGUGUGGUUCAGGUGGGGGAGGUGGGGGAGCUGUCGGAGAUAUUCCAGUGGAAGGGGGAGGUGGCGAGGGGGCUGCCGGGGUGGGAGGAGGGGGAGAGAGAGCACCUCGGAGAGGAGAUCUCCGACGUCCUCCUCUACCUCGUGCGGCUAGCCGACAUCUGCGGCAUUGACCUCGGCCGCGCCGCCCUCAGGAAGCUCGACCUCAACGCCAUCAAGUACCCGGUUCCGCACUGCCAGGGCUCCUCCAGGAAGCACACCGACUACGCCGCCCUCUCCACCAGCGGCGGAGAGAGCAGCCACGACGAUUGCAACGGGUCGGUUACAAGCUGAAGCCUUUUUGAUUUGGCAGCAAUGUGUACUCUUUACAGACGCAAUUCAUUCCAGUGUUUUACCCUAUGGACACGUGGAGAGCCCAAUUAAAGAUUUUGAGUUUGACUUUGUGAGGGCCGCGCGAACGCAGGCCCCCGCUGGCACAAAUUAUGACGUCCACUCUCCCACUUGGGGAGAUGGUAGCCGGGCGCUCCCCCUGAGUGCAAUGGAGGCCGCACGGCUAGGCCAUGGGCCUUGUUGA